CAAGAAAGGUACAUAGGCCCAUUUGAGAUUUUCCGUUAUGUGGCACGUACAACUCUUACUGGUACUUAGUUGUACCACAUUCCUCCAUCUGUCAGAUGCCUGCAAAUGUAGACAGCCCCACCCACAAGAGGCUUACUGCCAACGAGACUUCGUCAUCAAGGGCAAUGUUAAAAGUCAAACUGUGAUUGGAGAUCAAUUUGGUGAAAAACGUUUCAAAGUAAAAGUGUUACAAAUAUUCAAGGGACCUACCACUUGGCACACUGGGCAACAGAUUUUCAUCUAUACAGCAGUCCAUGGGGCAACAUGUGGGGUUUCUCUUACAAAAAGAACAACAUAUUUACUUAUAGGCUCUCUGUCUAAUCCUAAGAAACCUUGGAUAACUACAUGUGGCUUCAACAGAGAAUGGUCUGACAUCAAAAAAACUGUAAUAGAUGGGAUAAGUGGGGAUUAUGAACCAAAUUGUGCCUGCAAGAUUUGCAGAGGAGAGCCAUGUGGAGGGAUGUGCCCUUUGUUUUGGAACUCUACAAACUGUUUCUACGAGCAUGCCGUUUGUAGAGUUGCCUGUCCAGAGACUGAUGCUUUGGGGAAUCCUGCUUGUAGAUGGGAUACCCCUGAGCCUUGGUGGAAAUGUGUGAAAGGACAAAAUGUUUGUAGAUAUAAUUGAGUGAAAUAAAAUGGGUGAAA